AUGCUGCCUCACAAUAAGUACUCCACGACCUUUGACAUCCCCUCCUCCAAUGCGACUGUCUCCAUCUCACGCUUCAAUAUCGGCAACAUCACCGCCCAAAACCAGUUCCACACCCUCAUCUUCCCCGUCAUUCCUGGCCGCGACAUGAUGGAGCUGCCGAUGUACGCUUUUCUCGUGCAACACGGGCAGCGAAAGGUCAUGUUUGACCUCGGCAUCCGCAAAGACCCCCUCAACUUUGUGCCCAGCCUGGCUGCGCCGUUCGCGAGUGGCCAAUUCGCGCCGUCUCACUUUGACACGGACAUUUUCGACCUCCUCGGACAGGCAGGCAUUGCGCCAAGCAGCAUAGAGAGCGUUAUUUGGAGUCAUGCGCAUUUUGACCAUAUCGGCGACAUGUCGAAGUUUCCAAAUACCACAUCGCUCGUCAUUGGCUCCGAGACCGACGUUUCUACUUAUCCCACCAAUCCGAAUGCUACGCUGCAAGAGUCCGAUUUUGCCGGUCGGAACAUCACUCCAAUCGAUUUUUCCAAGUCUUCACUGGAAAUCAAUGACCUGCGAGCAGUCGAUUAUUUUGGCGACGGCAGCUUCUAUUUGCUGGACACUCCGGGUCAUAUCGCGGGGCAUCUAACUGGCCUAGCCCGCGUCACAGCCAACCCGUCUACUUUCAUCCUGCUUGCUGGAGACACUUUCCACCACGUCGGCGAAGCCCGGCCCCGCCCGGCACUACAGGCGAAUUUCCCAUGCCCCGCCCACAUCGUAGAGUCAAGCCGCGGACAUGUUUCCACCGACUACUUCUUCUCCCCCGGCUCUAGUGAUGGCCAGGUCCGGUCCGGUUAG